GUAAGGCGGUGGAGAAGUGGCGCUUGGCCUGUGCAGCAGUCAGCGCUGCUUGCCAGGUCGACCUCCGCCCAGACGAGAUGUCCUGGAACGCUGCCACCGGAGCUUGUGCCGCCUCCAGCCGUUGGCAGCGCGCUUUGGUGCAGCUCCGCCUCCAAGUCGCAGGAGCACACCUGACAACAUCCUUGCCACACGGUUUGAGUACGAUGACCUACAGCGUUGUCCUUAGCGCCCUUGAGAAGGCGGCGCGCUGGCCGAGGGCCGUGCAGCUCCUGGCAGCACUGCCAGGGGAGCGUGCUGUGCCCGAUGUCGUCAGCUUCAAUGCUGCCGUGAGCGCUUGUGCCAACGAUUGGCCUCAAGCCGUACAGCUCCUUGCAACGCUACGUCGGACCAUCGUCCAGGCGGGUGUCAUCACUUUCAAUGCCAUCAUCAGCGCUUUGGAGAAAGCGGAAGACUGGCCACGAGCCCUGACGGUGCUGGCGGAGCUCCGCAGCAGUGCUUUGGAAGAAGAUGCCUUCACCUUGAGCGCAGCCAUCAGCGCAUGCGAAAAAGGGAAGCAGUGGGAGCGUGCGCUGGCGCUGCUGCAGGAGUUUCGCGAGAGUGGUCUUCAAAUGGAGGCAAUCACCUACAAUGCUGCGAUCAGUGCUUGCGAGAAGAGCUGGCAGUGGCAGCGCGCCUUGGCGCUCUUCUCCGUUCUAUUGGGCGUCGGCCUCUGCGGAAGCGUGAUCACCUACAACGCUCUCAUCACUGCUUGCGGCAAGUGCCUGCAGUGGCGCCAUGUGCAUGCCCUUCUCCAUGCCAUGGAAGCAGAUCAGCUGGAGGCGAACCUGUUCACCUGCAAUGCCGUGAUCAGUGCCUACCAGAAAGCCGAGCAGUGGCCACUGGCAAUGGGGUUCUUCGGCCGCCUCGAGCAGCGCACUGCAGAUGUGGAUGUGCUCACAUUGGCGGCCGCAACGUCAGCAUGCGAGGUCGCUUCGCUUCCGGACGACGUGCUGCCGGUGCUGGACAAAUCUGAGGUGCUUGCGAUGGGCAUGCUCGUCGACGUCUUGCAGCGGGAGAAAAGAUGUGAGAUGUGUUGCACUGGACUUCCGAAUUUGUCGGGUGUCAAGCGACCGUCUUCAGGUUACAACCAGACCACGGGCCAGGCGAUGCGUCUGGAGACAGAGACCGCGCAGCUAUGUCAGGAAGAAUGCAAGCGCACGGAGAUCUGCGCAUUUUUCACGUGGCCCCUCAGCUGCAGAGAAGUCUUGGCGUCCAGGUGUGCCGGUGGGGCUGGUGGGCCCUUAAAGGUGGGCCGGUGGGGCUGCUGGGCCCUUAAGCUCGAGGGCCGCGAGGGGUCGUUGCUGGCUGCAGAGCUCGGCUGCGACGCUGUCCAUCGUUUCGGACCAGGUGACCAGCGGUCCAGUCAGGUUUCUUUGGCUUUGUCCAUCACCUACCUGGUGGAUCCCUUCACCCCGGCGGUGCAACACCAUGAGGUGGACAUUCGCACGUCUCGCGCCUAUGCCGUGGAACCACAGCGGGGCCGGGAGUCGGGGCUGCCCACUUUGCUGCUGUUGUGCGAAGGUGUCAAUGCUGCCAUGGUGACCCAUACACUGCUUGUGGCGGAUGCCGCCAAGCCGUACUUCGAGGUACAUGUGGCAUCGUUUGGGGGCGCUUACAUCAAACUGCUGGAGGAGUCAGGAUACCCGCAUUAUGCUCUCAUGCCGCAGUGGACAGAGGAGCAGACAGCUCUGCUCUAUGCGGCCGACCAGUUCGAGUCGCUCUCCUCGCCCUGGACUCGUGAGGUCCUCCAGCAGCAGAUCGACUCCUCGCUGGCCCUCUACAAGAGAGUUCGUCCCGCCGCGGUUGUCUCUUUCUUCGUCCUGUCCGCGAGCCUCUCCGCGCGGAUUGCUCGGAUCCCACUUUUCGUAGACAUGAGCAUGACCCGCGGGCUCGCCACGGAUGCCAAGGCUUUGGCCGCCUCCAUCGCGGAUGACAGCCUCAUCACCACCCUUGGCCUGCGCCCGGCCUUGGCAGCUGCUGGGUCCUGGUUCAUGCAGCACAUGACCUUUCUGAUGCAGCCCUUCGUGGCGCUGGCAUCUGAGUGGAACAUCACGGGCCUGCACUUCACCAUGGAUCUCAUGGAGGGCGACUUCACGUCCAUCUCCGACAUCCCGGCCUGGGCCGGGGUGCGGCCGUCAGAAAUCCCGGCUCGAGUGCGCUUCAUCGGACCUCUCUACGCCAAGCUGAAGAAGGAGGUGCCACCUGAAGUCUUCGCGCUGCGAGAGCAGGCCACUCGCGACGGGCAGCCGCUCCUUUGGUUCGCCAUGGGAUCCUCAGGGCAGCCGCCUCUGGUCCUGGCCAUUUUGAAGGAAUUGGUGCGCAAGCACCCGAGCUGGUACAUUGUGGCCCCUGUGCACACGCUCUUGAAGAAGGCGGGCGUGGACACCACGAAGGCAGAGGACCUAGCCUCUGCUGGCCUCGCAUCCAAGCGCCUUUUCCUUCCCACAGAGCUCCUGCCGGCACAGAAGGUUGAGCCCCUUUGUGACGUGGCCUUUACUCACGGUGGUCAGGGCACGGUGCAGACGAGCAUGUGCUCUGGCGUGCCUUUUCUGGGUGUCGGCAUGAUGCCGGAGCAGGACAUCAACGUGCGUCUUGCCGUUGACAAGGGCGUGGCAAAGCAGGCCUUGAAGUUCCAGACGCCAGCAGAGAUCGUGGAGCUCCUCCAAGAAGUCUCAAGCUCCGCGGCGAUGCGCGAGCGAGCCGCCGCUGUCAAGGAGGAGUGCCGGAAGUUCUCUGGCGAGCAUGCUUUCGUUGAGUUCAUUCGCGAGAAGGCCCUCAUGCCCGCUUGA